AUGUCGAACGUUUACUUUCCCUACUCCAAGGCGCCUUUGCGCACUAUCAAGGAGAUCCAAUUUGGACUCUUCUCUCCAGAGGAGAUCAAAAGGAUGAGCGUGGUGCAUGUUGAGUAUCCAGAGACGAUGGACGAACAACGGAUGCGGCCGCGGACAAAGGGUUUGAACGAUCCUCGCUUGGGUACGAUCGACCGGCAAUGGAACUGUGAGACCUGCGAAGAAGGUCAAAAGGAGUGUCCUGGGCACUUCGGACACAUCGAGCUGGCGACUCCAGUCUUUCACAUCGGUUUCUUGACCAAAGUCAAGAAACUUCUUGAGACUGUCUGCCACAACUGUGGCAAGAUCAAAGCCGAUACGUCCGACAGCAAAUUCUUAGAAGCCCUACGCAUGAGAGAUCCCAAGCGACGUUUCGACCAUAUCUGGAGACUCUCCAAGGAUGUGUUCAUCUGUGAAGCAGACCCCCCGCCAGACGAGGACGAGCCAUUUUCGAAAGAGAGCUCCAAGCCUAUCCGGAGGCAUGGUGGUUGCGGUAACGCCCAGCCUACCAUUCGUAAAGAGGGUAUCACUUUGGUUGGAACAUGGAAGCCCAACAAGAGCAUGAUGGAUGAGGACGAAAUGCAGCAGCCGGAAAAGAAGGUCAUUACUCCUCAGAUGGCCCUGAAUGUCUUCCGCAACAUUUCUCACGAAGAUGUUCGCAUCAUGGGCUUGAGUAACGACUAUGCUCGUCCUGAAUGGAUGAUCAUCACCGUUCUGCCUGUCCCUCCUCCUCCUGUCCGUCCCAGUGUUCUUGUCGGUGGCAGCACCAGCGGCCAGCGCGGUGAGGAUGAUCUGACUUACAAGUUGGCUGAGAUUAUCCGAGCGAAUCAGAACGUCCAGCGAUGCGAACAGGAAGGCGCUCCUGAGCACGUCGUACGCGAGUUCGAGUCGCUUUUGCAGUACCAUGUCGCCACCUACAUGGACAACGAUAUUGCCGGUCAGCCGAAGGCCAUGCAAAAGUCGAACCGACCGGUCAAGGCCAUCCGAAGCCGUCUGAAGGGUAAGGAGGGUCGUCUGAGACAGAAUUUGAUGGGCAAGCGUGUCGAUUUCUCGGCUCGUACUGUCAUUACUGGUGAUCCGAACCUGUCACUUGACGAGGUCGGUGUACCAAGGAGUAUUGCUCGAACUCUGACCUACCCCGAAGUCGUCACUCCGUACAACAUCGAGAAGCUGCAGCAGCUUGUCGCCAACGGCCCCAACGAACACCCCGGAGCAAGGUAUAUCGUUCGAGACAAUGGGGAGCGUAUCGACUUGCGCCAUGCCCGAAGAGCUGGAGGUCAACAACUGCUGUAUGGCUGGAAAGUCGAGCGGCAUCUUAUGGAUGGCGAUGUCAUUCUGUUCAAUCGUCAACCCUCCCUUCACAAGGAGUCUAUGAUGGGUCACCGUGUCCGUGUGAUGCCAUACUCGACGUUCCGACUGAACCUGUCUGUCACCACUCCUUACAACGCCGAUUUCGAUGGCGACGAGAUGAACUUGCACGUUCCUCAGAGUGAGGAGUCUCGCGCGGAGUUGAAGCAGCUCGCUUUGGUUCCUAUGAAUAUUGUGUCUCCCCAGCGUAACGGUCCCCUUAUGGGUAUUGUGCAAGAUACUCUCUGCGGUAUUUACAAGAUUUGCCGACGCGAUGUCUUCCUGACCAAAGAACAGGUCAUGAACAUCAUGUUGUGGGUUCCAGACUGGGAUGGAGUUAUCCCUCCACCAGCCAUCCUGAAGCCUAGACCUAGAUGGACUGGAAAGCAGAUGAUAAGCAUGGCUCUCCCAUCUGGUCUGAAUCUGUUGCGCGUGGAGAAAGAUAACUCUGCUCUGGCAGAGAAGUUCUCGCCUUUGACAGACGGUGGUUUGCUUAUCCAUGGCGGACAGUUGAUGUAUGGAAUGUUCUCCAAGAAGACUGUUGGUGCUAGCGGUGGUGGUGUCAUUCACACAAUCUUCAAUGAGUACGGACCGGAUACUGCAGUGGCUUUCUUCAAUGGUGCACAAACCAUUGUCAACUACUGGCUGCUGCACAAUGGUUUCAGUAUAGGUAUUGGUGACACCAUUCCGGACGCUAUCACUAUUCAACGAAUCGAGAAUUGUGUGCGCGAGAGAAAGAAGGAAGUUGAGGCUAUCACAGCAAGCGCCACCGAGAAUACCUUGGAGCCCUUGCCUGGUAUGAACGUUCGAGAGACCUUUGAGAGCAAGGUUUCGCGUGCGCUCAACAAUGCCCGUGACGAAGCUGGUAGCGAGACUGAAAAGAGUUUGAAGGAUCUCAACAACGCCAUUCAGAUGGCCCGGUCUGGAUCUAAGGGUUCGACGAUCAAUAUCUCUCAGAUGACUGCUGUUGUGGGCCAGCAGUCCGUCGAAGGCAAGCGUAUUCCAUUUGGAUUCAAAUAUCGUACUCUUCCCCAUUUCACCAAGGAUGACUACUCUCCGGAAUCUCGCGGAUUUGUGGAAAACUCUUAUCUGCGUGGUCUAACCCCAACUGAAUUCUUCUUCCAUGCCAUGGCUGGUCGAGAAGGUCUGAUUGAUACUGCUGUCAAGACUGCUGAGACUGGUUAUAUUCAGCGAAAGCUGGUCAAGGCUUUGGAAGAGGUCAUGGUGAAGUAUGAUGGCACUGUCAGAAACUCUCUGGGUGAUGUGAUACAAUUUAUCUACGGAGAAGACGGUCUCGAUGGUGCUCACAUCGAAAACCAGCGGGUCGACAUCAUCAGAUGCUCUGAUGAGAAGUUCAGAGAACGAUUCCGUGUCGAUCUCAUGGAUCCUGAGAGGAGCCUGGGACCUGAAGUCUUGGAACAAGCCAAUGAAAUCGCCGGCGAUGUCGAAGUCCAGAGAUAUCUAGACGAGGAAUGGGAGCAAUUGCUCAAAGACCGGGCAUUCCUGCGCACUGUCGCAAAAGAAGAUGAUGAGAUGAUGCAGCUUCCUAUCAACGUGCAGAGAAUUCUUGAAACUGCCAGGAGCACAUUCCGGAUACGUGAAGGGGCCAUCAGCGAUUUGCAUCCUGCUGAAGUCAUCCCUCAAGUCCGCUCUCUGCUCGAUCGUUUGUUAGUUGUGCGCGGCGACGAUCCGAUCUCGCGCGAGGCGCAGGAGAACGCUACACUGCUGUUCAAGGCACAGCUUCGCAGUCGCCUUGCAUUCCGCAGGCUUGUCACUGAGUACUCGAUGAACAAGCUCGCCUUCCAGCAUGUCAUUGGUGCUAUCGAGAGCAGAUUUGCUAAGGCUGGUGCUAACCCUGGUGAAAUGGUUGGUGUGCUUGCCGCUCAGUCUAUUGGUGAGCCCGCUACACAGAUGACCUUGAACACUUUCCACUUUGCUGGUGUCUCGUCGAAAAACGUCACCCUUGGUGUUCCUCGUCUCAAGGAAAUUCUCAACGUUGCUACCAACAUCAAGACGCCAUCUAUGACCGUUUACCAGCUGCCCCACAAAUGUCACGAUAAGGAGUCUGCUAAACAGUUGCGAAGCGUUGUUGAGCAUACCAGCCUGAGAUCCGUUACAGAAGCCACUGAGAUCUACUACGACCCGGACAUCCAGACCACGGUCAUUGAGAAUGAUAGGGAUAUGGUCGAGUCCUACUUCAUCAUUCCGGAGGAUGUCACAGACGCCUCUUCUCGACAGUCCAAGUGGUUGCUUCGUAUUAUUCUCAGUCGGCCCAAGCUCCUUGAUAAGGGUCUUACAGUGCAAGAUGUUGCUGCCAGGAUUAAGCAGGCUUACCCCAAGGAUAUCGCGGUUAUUUUCAGUGAUAACAACGCCGAUGAGCAGGUUAUCCGUAUCCGUCAAAUCCAGGAUUACAAGGAAGACGAGGAUGACGAAGACAUUGAAUACGAUGUCACUCUCAAGAAAUUGGAGCAGCAUCUUCUGGAUACUCUCACUCUCCGUGGUGUCCAAGGAGUCGAACGGGCUUUCAUUAACGAGAAGAGCAAAGUUCGUGUUCUUGAGGAUGGCAGCCUGUUUGCAAGCAAGACCGAUCCGCUCUGCAAGGAAUGGGUUCUUGAAACCAGUGGUUCUUCCCUUGGUGAGGUCCUGGCUGUUCCUGGAGUCGACGCUACUCGCACGUACUCGAACCAGUUUAUUGAGGUCUUUGAGGUCUUUGGUAUUGAAGCUGCCCGUACUGCUGUGCUUCGGGAAUUGACGCAAGUGCUUGCCUUCGACGGUUCCUAUGUCAACCACCGGCAUCUGGCGCUCCUGGUCGACGUCAUGACGGUGCGAGGCUAUCUGACACCGGUCACUCGCCACGGUAUCAAUCGUGCUGACAACGGUGCCCUCAUGCGGUGUUCGUUCGAAGAGACGGUGGAGAUUCUGCUGGAAGCUGCAGCAUUCGGAGAACUCGACGACUGCCGCGGUGUGUCAGAGAAUCUGAUCCUGGGACAGAUGGCACCGGCCGGUACAGGAGAGUUUGACCUCUAUCUUGACCAGAACCUCCUCAAUACUGUUGUGUCGAACAAUGCACGAUUCGGUGUUAUGGGAGCCAUUGGGGCCAAGGAUGCAAUUAUUUCCGAUGGAGCUGCCACACAGUACGAUACUGGUUCGCCCAUGCAGGAGAGCGCGUACAUCGGUACACCCGACCCAGAGUCUGCAUUCUCGCCUAUUCGCCAGGCGGGUGCCGAGUCUCCUGGCGGCUUCACAGAGUACCAACCUACGGGUGGCUUUGGAGGUGGUUUCAGCCCCGCUGCUACCAGCCCCGCGGGCUAUUCACCCAGCAGCCCGUUCAGCGCCAAUCCAACGUCUCCUGGGUACUCUCCAACGUCAAGCUAUUCACCUACGUCUCCUGGCAUGGGCAUUACCAGCCCUCGUUUCAUGACGUCCCCUGGCUUCUCUCCUGCCAGCCCAUCGUUCGCUCCGACCUCGCCCGCCUAUUCACCGACGUCGCCGGCAUAUGGACAGGCAUCCCCGACGUCUCCGUCCUACUCUCCCACAUCGCCAGGGUUCUCACCAACAUCGCCCAACUACAGCCCUACGUCACCCAGCUUCAGCCCGGCUUCUCCUGCGUUCAGUCCCACGUCGCCUAGCUACAGCCCGACCAGUCCUGCUAUUGGUGGCGCCGGUCGACACCUAUCACCUACUUCACCUACGUCUCCUAAGUACACGCCUACUUCUCCUGGCUGGUCUCCUACGAGCCCGCAGACGUACUCACCUACGUCGCCUAACUUUGCUGGAUCGCCGACGUCUCCGGGAGGCCCCACGUCCCCUGGGUACAGUCCUACGUCCCCGGCCUUCAGCCCUUCCUUCCCCGGAGUCAUCGAGACCACAUUUCCUACUGUUGGCGAGGUGGAUCGAUUUCCAGUCAAUUGUGAGAAGAGGAAUCGCAAUGUGCCUCUUAUUGUUCCCAAAUACUACCAAGUUUUGCCAGGCAACAUGAAGAACUUAUGGCUAUGGCGUUUCCUGCCUCUGGCGCUCCUGCUGCUGCAGGCGCUUGUGGUUGAAUCGAAAGUUCAGUCAGAGAAUAGUCAUACAUCAAUAGAUGUGAUUUCCGAAGCAUAUCAGCAUGGAAGCCAAUUUGCGGGCGAGGCUGAGGAGUCUCACAUGUGGCCCGGACAUGAACGUGUCGAAAAAGCCCUCAGAAUCCUCCAUGGAAUAAAGAUUUCCGCCGUCCGAUCUGAGAAGCCAUCUGGCCUCGUCGGAUACGCCCUGCACUACGCCCAACAGGUAUUCCGCAUCCUAUUCAUGAAUGUACCUCAAUCGGAGACAACUGAGAAGCGAAGAGUCGAUCCGAAUGUCGUCAGAGCCGUGAAAGAACUCAAGCUGGCUGCCGAGGAGGAUGAGAAUCCCGAUGCGAUGUUCCUCUUAGCGGAAAUGAACUUCUAUGGCAACUUUACACAUCCGCGCGAUUUCAAACGCGCUUUCCAGUGGUAUCAGAGCCUUGCUUCCUUGACUGGAAACAGUACAGCGCAAUAUAUGCUCGGUUUCAUGUACGCCACCGGCAUCGGGGACGGGGUGGAACGCGACCAGGCGAAGGCAUUGUUGUAUCAUACGUUUGCUGCGGAAGGAGGGAACACGAGGUCGGAGAUGACGCUGGCGUAUCGCAACCAUGCUGGUAUCGGGACUCCCAGAGACUGUGAUCAAGCGACGUAUUACUACAAGAAAGUGGCGGACAAGGCGAUCCAGUGGUUUCGAUCUGGGCCGCCCGGUGGCCACAGCAUGGCUCGUGAAGCAUAUCGGUGGGCGGACGAGGAGGGCGGUGUUUACGGCGAGGGUGCCAGUGUCUCAAGCUCAGGGCCUAACGCACAGCGUGAUGGGGUCCAGUCUGGUACCGACGCUAGCUUGGAGGAUGUUCUAGAGUACCUGGACCUGAUGUCUCGUAAGGGGGAACUCAAGGCCACGUUUAGCUUGGGGAAGCUACACUACGACGGGGCACGAGGCUUGCCUCGGAAUUUCCGAAAGGCAAUGAAGUACUUCAAGCAGGUAACGAGACGUUACUGGAACAAGGACGGGUCAGUCAAUCCCAAUCAUCCCAUGGGGAUUGAUAAACUUGCUUCGAAAGCAGCCGGCCACGUUGGAUUGAUGUAUCUUCGCGGCGAAGGCGUCGAGCAGAAUUUCAACAACGCUCUUACCUGGUUUAAGCGGGGACUGGUCAACGGCGACUCGCUCUGUCAGCACGAGAUCGGACUCAUGUACCUUCACGGGUACGGCGUGCCCCAGGACGCCUUCAGGGCCGCAUCGUAUUUCAAAUCAGCUGCCGAUCAGGACUAUCCAGCCUCGGAGACCAGACUUGGAGCUCUAUUCCUGGAUCAGGGAGAUGUCGCCACGGCGACACGGUAUUUCGAGCUGGCUGCUCGUUGGGGAUCCAUGGAAGCCUUCUAUUACCUGGCGGAAUUGUCGAACAAUGGCAUCGGCCGGCAACGGCACUGUGGCAUGGCCGCAUCGUAUUAUAAGAUGGUCGCAGAGCGUGCCGAAGCGAUCCACUCGUCGUUUGCCGAAUCAAACACCGCGUAUGAGAAUGGCGAUAAAGAAGCAGCUUUGAUCCCAGCCAUGAUGGCUGCAGAGCAGGGCUACGAAAGUGCUCAGUCAAAUGUAGCAUUCCUGCUCGAUGAGCAGCGCUCAUUGUUGCCGCUCGACUCUAUUCUACCUGGGGCUAAGAAGACUCGUCCUUCUCUGCUUCGAAAUGCUGCUCUAGCGCUGAUCUACUGGACACGUUCGGCCAAACAGGCCAAUAUCGACUCGCUCAUCAAGAUGGGUGACUAUUAUCUCAGCGGAAGGGGCAUCGGAGCAGAUCCUGAAAAAGCUUCUACCUGCUAUCAUACCGCCGCUGAAGCCCAUUAUAGUGCGCAGGCCUACUGGAACCUCGGCUGGAUGCACGAGAAUGGAGUUGCCGUGGAGCAAGACUUCCACAUGGCCAAAAGAUACUACGACUUGGCGCUCGAAGCAAAUGCAGAAGCUUAUCUGCCUGUGAAAUUAAGUCUGAUAAAGCUGCGGAUACGCAGUUAUUGGAACAAGAUCACGAAUGGAAAGGUCAACUCCAUUCGAGAGGAAGAAGAACAAAAGCCUCGCCGAACAUUCAAAGAGUGGAUUGCAGCAUUUAUUGAGAACGACGAAGAGGAGGAGGCCAGUUAUCUCUCACAGUUGAAAGAUGAAGAUGAAAUGCUUUCUUCGAAUGCAGACCCACGUCGUCUUGAUGAACACCGCCACGACGAUGGUUACUAUGAUGACCUCGAACUCGACAUUGAUGAGGGCGUUCUGGAAGGCCUCAUUAUUGUCACGUUGGCGGCCACGUUGCUUGUACUUGUAUACUUGAGGCAGCAGCGAAACAGGCAGAGGCCGAACGAGGAUCCAGGUGCCAACCCAGCGGCACUGAACAAUCAAAAUGACCGGGGGCUUUUUCCCCAGCCUGGAGAUCCGGAGUUUGCUCAGUGGGUUGCCGGUGGUGUUGGACAUUAA